AUGGGGGCCAUGGGCCGAGCGAGUCUAUGGAUCCGUAACAGCAACCAAAAAGAUGGGCAUGGAUCUCACCAUACGAUGGAGUUUAUUGACUACUGUAAUCAGAACAAGAUCCUCUUCGCCGUAUAUCCCCAUCAAACAGACGUAAAAUGA